AGUAGUAAGACAGAGACCCCCCCUCAACGGAAAACUGUCUUAACUGUGGUGUGCAGCUGCAGAUAUGCGCGACACAGAAAAACAAGGAGAAACGAGGGAAAUAGAAAGACAGGACAGGGAGAGGCAGUAAACCGCUGAGAAUAAAUCAUCUGAGAUGCUCCGACGCACCGAGGAACGCCGCCUUCUCUGCGCACUUUGGAGAUAAAACCGCGAAGAAGCUCGGAUCGCGCAUUGAUCCGAAUCCGGGGGAACGGGAGGGGUCGAUCAUGGGGAACGAAGCGAGCCUGGAGGGAGGCGAAGGGCCGCCGUCUGGGCUACCGGAGGGGCUGGCACCUGACGGGAAGGGCGGCUUCGUCCGGGUCUCCGACGGGACUCCGGUCAACCUGAGUGAACUCAGCGAGGAGGAGAGGAGGCAGCUCGCCGCGGCGAUGUCAAGGGCGCAGGGCAGGCAGCCCGGAGCAGCUGCACGAAGACCUUCAGAGUCUGAUGCCCAGCAGCGAUCCCAGCAGGUAGGGGCCUCCAGGGGCCCAACUGGUCUCAGUAAGAGCCGAACUGUAGACGCCUUCAACCAGGGUCCACCUGGCAAGCCUGCACCGGGCCGCAGCCCUUCGUCCCUCAGCCUUUUUGAAUCCAGAUUCCGGCAGGAGCCUAAAGACCCUGAGACCAAGUCAUCCGGCAUGUUUGGCUCCAGCUUCCUCAGCGGGGCCAACCCCCUCAGCGCUGUGUCGUCUAUGACUUCCUCUGUCUCCUCCUCCAUAUCCUCCAUGGGUGAUUCUGUCAACAUCCCCAAGUUUGGACUAUUUGGGGAUGAGGAGGAAGGAGAUGAAUCUGCAGCACCUGAAUCCAAGCAGGGAGGAAAGCCACCAGGGAAGGGCCCUCAGCAAGGUCCGGGUCCAAAAGGACCACAACAGGGAGGACCCCAGAAACAGGGUCAGGGCCCCCCUGGGCAGGGGCCAAAACCAGGGCAAGGACCCCCUGGGCAGGGACCCAGGCAAGGUCAGGGACCACCAGGCCAGGGGCCCAAAUCAGGUCAGGGUCCUCCUGGCCAAGGUCCUCCUGGGCAGGGACCAAGGCAAAGUCAGGGGCCGCCAGGCCAGGGGCCCAAAUCAGGCCAGGGUCCUACUGGCCAAGGACCCCCAGGGCAGCAGGGUCCUAAACCAGGUCAAGGACCACCGGGUCCAGGUGCCAAACAAGGUGGCCCUCCCCCGCAAAAAGGUGGCCCCCCACAACAAGGGCCUGGGAAGCCUGGACCCAAGCAGCAAGGGCCACCCGGUCCUGGGGCUCAUCCUGGGGGGCCAGCUCAGAGUGGAGGGCCUCCUGGUCAGCAGGGGCCUGGAAAGACUGGAGGUGGACUCUGUCCACUGUGUAAGACCACCCAGCUGAACACUGGGUCUAAGGACCCACCUAAUUACAAUAACUGUACCGAGUGUAAGAACCAGGUCUGCAGCCUCUGUGGGUUCAGCCCCCCAGACUCAGCGGGUAAAGAGUGGCUGUGUCUGAACUGCCAGAUGCAGCGAGCGAUGGGAGGUAUGGAUCCCCCCGGCAUGACGAAGCCCAAACAAGGUUCGGCCCCACCCUCGCCCCAGAGACAGGCACCUGGCAAGCCUGGCAAGCUUCUGAUAAAGCAGCAGAGUACCACCGACCAAGGGUUGACACCACCAACCACACCUAGGCAGAAAUCCCCAGGUCCUACCUCUCCAGGACCGCUGUCCCCGGGCUCCACAGUAGGAUCCCCCAAAAUUGACCCCAAGACAGGUCGCCCCAUUCAGCAGAAGUCCACUCCCCAACAGUCUCCAGCUAAGGCUAAACAGGAGUCCAGCUUCUUUGGGGGGUUAGGAGGUAUCAGUUUGGGAGGCCUGACAGAUGCAGCUAAACCUCCUGCGGCUGCUUCACAAGCUGCAGAGUCCGUUACAGGGAAACUGUUUGGCGGUUUUGGGGGUUUAAUGGAAUCGUCGAAGCCUCAAGCACAGGCUCCGCCAAAACAGGAGGAGUCAGUUGCUGGGAAGUUGUUUGGAGGUUUUGGCGGGUUGACGGAAACCGCGAAAUCUCCUGCUGCCGCUUCUCAGAUGUUCAGCUUUGGAUCAUCCCUCUUGAGCUCAGCCACCAAUCUCGUCACCGGAGAGGAGGAAAAAGAAGCUGAUUCUCCGCCUGGGUCACCACCAGACUCCCCUGCUGACUCCGGACCAGGUUCCCCUCCUGACUCAGGCCCUGGCUCGCCACCUGACUCCCCCUUCUCUCCGCCUGGAUCUCCUCCUGAUUCGGACUCUGCUCCUGACACCCCACCUGCCAAAUCCAAGAAACCACCAAGAACCAUUUCUGUGGAGCAGGAAGAAAAGCCCCCAGCAGCUGAACCUUCACCAGCCCCAGCCUCAACAACUAAGGAAAACUGCCCUCUCUGUAAAGUGGAGCUGAACAUUGGAUCGUCAGACACACCCAACUACAGCCUCUGCACCGAGUGCAAGAAGACAGUGUGCAAUCUGUGUGGAUUCAAUCCUACUCCCCACUUAGGAGAGAAAGAAUGGCUUUGCCUCAACUGUCAGACCCAAAGAGCCAUGUCGGGCCAACUGGGAGACAUACCACCUCCAUCCAUGGCUUCCCCAAAGAAGCAGCCACCUGCUCCUGCUCCCUCUGCUACCCCUGCCCCUGCUUCUGUAGAUAGCAAACCUGUAGUAGAAGCAGCAGACCUAACCCCACCAGCUCCUGAGACCAAGGUGAAAACAGUGGAGACCCUGAAGGAGCCUGGAGAUAAAGAAAUGGCCACAAAGGAGGGCAGUCCAACCAGCCCAUCAGACCUAGCAAAGCUGGAAAAUACAGUCCUUCCCAUUCUUGAGGCCCAGGCAAGCACGCAACCAAAGGAUGAGGAAAAACUAACAGACACCCUAAAGACCAGACGUAAAUUAGAGGUGCUUCCUCUCUCACCUGACUCGCCUAGCUCAGAAGAUGACAGAGAACUUUCUGAGAAGAAUACCAAAGGUACCACAAAGAAAAAGCUCCUUGUACCCAUGGAUGUCAGGGCAGAUUCCUUGGAUGAUAGCAGUGAAAGUUUUGGAAAAGAAAGCCCAAUGUCAGGGGAUGAUGAGGACUUUAUCCGAAAACAGAUCAUUGAAAUGAGUGAGAAUGAGGAUGCUUCCCCAUCUGAUGAGGAAAACCUUGUCCGGCGAAAGAUCAGGGAGGAUGAGAAGAAACAAAUGGAACAGAAGAAAACAGAGGCUAUAGAGAGGAGCACGUCGGGAAAAGCCAGGCGACUUACCAAGAAAAGCACUAUAAGUCCAGAUGAUGAUGGAGAAGAGAAGCAACUACAUGGCUCAUUGGAUAAACCUGAUAUAGACAAAGAAGAGGGACCACAACCAAAAGAAGAGGAGUCUCAAAGUGGUACUGCAGUCCGCAAAUUCCGAAGUAUGGAGCUGAAUGCAACCAGCAGCCCUAUGUGCAUAAAUAAUGAUGAUGGAGAACCUGAAAUGGAAAGCCUUACAGACUCUCCAGAUGAUCGGUCUAGAGGUGAGGGGUCAUCCAGUCUCCAUGCAUCCAGCUUCACUCCUGGGACAUCCCCAACAUCCCUGUCAUCACUGGAUGAAGACAGUGACAGCAGCAGUCCCGGCCAUAUCCGUUCUGAUGAGGGUAAACAACACAGGAAAGCCAAACACAGACAACCUGGUCAAAUGCUGCCAACUAUUGAAGACUCUUCUGAGGAAGAAGAGUUACGGGAAGAAGAGGAGCUGCUCAGGGAGCAAGAAAAACAGAAGGGCUCAGGGAAAAAAUCCAAGAAAGACAAAGAAGAGAUUCGAGCCCAGAGGAGGCGAGAGCGUCCAAAGACACCACCGAGCAACCUUUCCCCCAUUGAAGAUGCCUCGCCAACUGAAGAACUGAGGCAAGAAGCUGAAAUGGAGGAGAUCAGACGAUCAUCUUGCUCUGAUUUCUCACCCAGUAUUGAAUCAGAUCCUGAAGGGUUUGAAAUCCAGGCCGCAAAGAUUGCAGCAGUCCAGAAAACGUAUCAACUACCUAUAUCAGUAUCUCUUCACUCCCCAACAGAUGAUCAAAACACUGAUAAACCACAGAAAAAAACUCUUAAAUCUGCUGAUGAGGCUUAUGAAGAAAUAAUGCUGAGGGCUAAAUCUCCAACACUUGACAAAGGUGAGAUUCAACCAGGAAAAGAGUCCCUUUAUGGAGGCAUGCUCAUUGAAGACUAUGCCUACGCAUCUCUUAUUGACAGUUCAGCAGCUGAUUUGGGAGAGCCAGAGAAGAUUGCUGUUCCUGCUCAGCCCAAAAAGCUGAGAUCACCAGAUGAAGUUUAUGAGGACAUGAUAAAGAAGAGGAAGGAAUUCAUGCAGCUGGAGCAGGAAUAUCAAAACAUGCAGCCUAAAAAGGAAAGCACUACUCCAGAAAUUGUGUUGCAACCUGCUGAAAAUACCUUCUCCAAAAGCAGCACAGUAGCACUGGGCAAAGACGGGAAGCCAUUGUUGGAUGCUGAAACUGCCUAUGAGGAGCUAAUGAAAAGAGUGCUGACUCCUGGAACAAGUCCAACCCAGCUGGAGCCAGAAGUGGAGGCCACUGCAUCUAGAAGGGCACUCCACCCUAUCCCAGACUUAAAGGUGACGCAGUGCUCUUCAGGAGAGUUGUCCUCUGAUGAUGAGAGUUUCAUUAAAAAGGAAGAUGAGAAAACUGCAGUAUCAGACACAACAUCAGCAACAGAAACCGAGCCUGUCAUUGUGUUUUCUGAGUAUCCUCCAUCAUCCACAUCAGAUCAGCAACCUCACACUGCAGUCACAGCAUCCCAGGCAGAUGUUGUGGACUUAUCUGGUGUGCUCCCAAGAAUGUCAGCCCCUGUUAUUGCCAGUGUAUCACCCUUGCCCACAGUCCCCCAGUACACACCCAGUAUUCCCAGUGUAGUGUCAACUGCCCCUCCUGUGCCCCCUAAGCCAAGUGUCCUACGUAGGGCUAAUUCUCAGGAAAAAACAGAAGUACCUGUUGCACCACCACUGCCUCCCCCCACCCCACCAAAACCCACUGUUUUUCCCAGGAAAGCUCCAGUUCCACUUCCACCUCAGGCUUCAGCAACUCCAGUCAGACCAGAGACAGUGGCUAUGACUACAGCCCCAUGUCCGCUUACAAGACAAGCAGUUACACCAACAUACAAACCUCAUGUUCCCCCUCCUGUUCCCCCAAAGCCAUCCAUUCCUGCUGGGAUUGGCGAAAGCCACAGACCAGGGCAUGGUGUCAAACCACCAAUUGCGCCUAAGCCUGGCUCACAGCCUUCUUCACCUGCCCAUGCCCCACAUCCGGCAAGACCUACUGUACUUUCCACUGGCCCUACUGACAUAGCCUUGAAUCUGAGCCCCUCUUCUGAGAGCAAGCCAUUUCAACCCUCACCAAAGUCUCCUUCUUCUCCAAGAUAUGCCAGCAAUCUUCGUGAUACGUAUGUGGUCAUCACACUGCCAUCUCAGCCGAGUUCUCCAGUAGACUUUGUCUCAACUCAAGCUCCCUCAAGCCCUGGCCCAGCAUCCCCUUCACACCAAGCACAGCCCCAAAAUUAUCACCAACCACAGCCUCAACCUCAACCAUAUCCACAGCAGUGUCCACAACCAACCCCUCCUCAAACAACCAGGGUGCCUCUGGCAUUCACACGAGUCACAGAAUCCAUUGAAAGUCAAGAGAUUUGUGGCCCAGAAAAACAUGUAUCUAGCUCUUGUCACAUAAUUGAGGCUAUAUCUGCCUCAGCACAGCCACCUGUGGUUAUGCCUAACCUUAUCUCCCAAGUGGUUACCACAGAAGUCCAAAGGACAACUGUCUCUGUAGUUCAUGAAAGAACUCCACCCCCAGUGCCAGCUCCAAGGGCAAAUGGUGUCCCAGUCUCGAUGGAGAAACCUAAGCCCCAGUUGCCUGCACAGAAUGGACAGACCUUCCAACCCUCCGAGGUGGUAGAUCUUAGGACUAUGAAGGUUGACACAGAAUCAGACAUGAACGGUGUGGAUCUGUCUGCUGGCCCAGACUCAAGACGUCAGUCCUUUGUGACUGAUGUCAGUCGUCAGAACAGUGCAGUGCAGUCACCAGUGGUCAACCUCAGUGCUGAAUCAUCCACUGUUUCUAUAGUGACUGAUAGUAUCACCAUUGUGACUUGUGCUGCAACAAUCCAGCGAAGUGACAAUGUAGAUAACUCUCAAGCAUCUUCAGUGCCCCUUCAGCUUACAAAAAAUAAAGCGUUUGAGCCUGUUUCUCAAAUUAUAUAUCGGCCAAUUGAUUCUCAGCCCUCCACUAAUGUUGGUACAGAGAUACCUAUUAACCUCUCAGUUGGAUCAAGCACAGGUGGAGGAACUUUCCAGACCACCCCUGUCACUAUUGCACCAACCUCUGUUGCAAGUUGUGCUGCCAAUGGAUUAACUACGGGAACGACUACAGUGGCAGGAGCUGUUGACCUUAGCACAACAAAACCCUUCAACACUGUGGUAUCAGUGGAUGGUGCUUCAGCAGAGGUGGUCACUGCUGUAAUCACAGAUGAUGAUGGCAAACCAGUGGAUCUGACUGCAGGAAAAAGAGCUGUAUGCUGUGAUGUUGUGUACAAGCUCCCAUUUGCUGGAAGCUGCACUACACAGCAACCUACCACGCCUCUGCCUGAAGAUCGUUUUGGAUAUCGUGAUGACCAUUACCAGUAUGACCGAUCACCUUACGGCAUGAGAGGGUUUGGUGGAAUCAAACCGUCGAUGUCAGACACUAACCUGGCAGAAGCUGGCCUGUUCUUUUAUAAGAGUAAGAACAGCUAUAAUUUCAGUGGCACCACAGAAGGUGCAGUAGAUCUUACCUCAGCAAAGAUUUCUGAUGCAGGUGAAGCUGUUGACUACUCCAAGAAAGGGACUUUCGCAGGAAUGACAAUUCCUCCCUAUUCCCAAGCAAGAGUUACAAGUGCUGUUGGUACGCUGUUUGGUACAAGCAGUGUCUUGAGGUCAUCAAAUGGGGUGGUCUAUUCCUCUGUUGCAGCACCAAUCCCAUCUACCUAUGCCAUUACCACCCAACCUGGGUCCAUCUUUAGUACAACAUACAACACCCUGUCAGGUAUGCAUACCAGCGACACCAUGCCUUCCCUGUCCAACCUCCAGAACUUGCCACUUACAAGGUCCCACAGUUUCCUGUCCACCAUCUCCACUACUGAAACAGAGGAACAAGGAGAAGCCCCACUAAAUCUGGAGAUCUCUAGAGGGGGUACUACUGCUGCAGAUGCUGUCACCACAGCAAUAACCUCUUUAUCCCUUGACACCUACACUGAUGCAUCCCUGGAGGCCAUAGCUGCUUCACUGGAAGCUCUGUCUUCACCCAUGGUUCCUGGGGAUGGCCAGUAUCAGGCAGAACGUGAGAGGCUAGAGAUGGAGAAACUCAAGCAACAGCGUCUGGCUGAGGAAUUAGAGUGGGAGCGCCAGGAGAUUCAGCGGUUCCGAGAGCAAGAACAGCUCCUGGUACAGAAGGAACUGGAAGAGCUACAGGCCAUGAAGCAGCAGAUCCUGACCCAACAAGAGGAGGAAAGACAGGCUCACCUAAUGAUGCAGAAAGAAACCUAUGCCCAACAACAGCAGCAGCUUGAGCAGAUUCAAAGACUCCAAGAGCAACUGCGUGUGCAACUGGAAGAACAAAAGUUACGUCAGAUGUACCCAGGCGGAGACAUGCCAGGGCAUGGCUUGCAGGAGGCACUUGUCUUGGGACCUGAUGGCACAGUACUAGCCCGAAAAAUCACAGAUAGUGGGUGCCAGACAGAUGAAGAGGAUGAGGCAGUCAGCAAAGCUUACACUGCAGGGAGGAAAAAGAGAAGUGCUAAAAAGAGUGUUGACAGUUGUGUGCAGACUGAUGAUGAGGAUCAAGAGGAAUGGGAAGCUCAGACCAGAAGCCGACAAAGCCGACCACGUACAGCCAGGGGUGAUAGGGGAGGGCAGUCAGAGAUGUCUCUUCAAGCCCACACUGAGAUUUCUAUACAAACAGAUACAGAGGGGAACAUUAGAAUGGACACCCGGAUGGAGCUGUCUGAUUCUGAAAGGACCUCACCAAAGAAACGACCUACCCCCUUAGAAAUAGGCCAAUCUCCUAACCUCAAAGUUGAUUCCUCUACGCUUCAAGCCCCUCCUAAAUCUCCAAAAGUGCUCUAUUCCCCCAUAUCCCCAUGCAUAUCCCCAAGCAAAUCCCUUGAGUUUGUGUCCUAUGAGAAGUCACUGGGUGAUACAAGUCCUCAAAAGCUAAGAGGAAGUACGGAUCCAUCAAAAGCCUCUCCCGCAAGUCCAAGGGGACCAAAAGCCAUGCAGAGAUCCAUGUCUGACCCUAAGCCCAUGAGUCCAACAGGAGAAGAAAAGGCAACAUCUGGCACCCAGUAUGGUGAUAGCUAUACUGGGAAAGGUUCAGGUGGCACACCAACAGGCACUCAAAAGAAGGUGAAGAGGACUCUCCCCAAUCCACCAUCAGAGGAUGAGUCAACAACCAGUGGCCAGACAGCAUACAGCACUGGUUCUGCCCGUCGAAGAAUGUGCCGUAAUUCCAACAUGGCACGUGCCAAGAUCCUACAAGACAUUGAUCGUGAGUUAGAUCUGGUGGAGCGCGAGUCAUCCAAGCUCCGUAAAAGACAAGCAGAGUUAGAUGAGGAGGAGAAAGAGAUUGAUGCCAAGCUUAGGUACUUGGAGAUGGGCAUUAAUCGGAGAAAAGAUGCCCUGCUGAAAGAGAGAGAGAAGAGAGAAAGGGCGUACUUGCAGAGUGUUGCCGAGGACAGAGACUACAUGUCAGACAGUGAGGUUAGUAACAUUCGAGAGACUAGAGGUGGGCGUGGUGGUGGUGAAGAUGAAGAGAUUGAAGGUCACGGUCUUGAACGUCCCAGGACAGCUCCUCAGUCAGAGUUGGACGACUUUGUCCCACCUCAAACCAAGCACGAGUAUGGAAAAUACUCCCAGUAUCAAUAUCCUCAGAGCCAAUACCAGCAGACUCUCUACCAGACUCCCCAGUCCUACCAGUCUCAUUCGAUCUAUUCUUCUGUCCCGUCACUCACUAGCUCCCAGCAGCAGAGUUACCACCAGAUGCUCUUGUUACAGCAGAAAGCAGCCAGACAAGCAGCCCUCCUCUCAGAGCUGGAUGCAACUAAAUAUGAUGUCAUUAGUCGCCAGCCUGAUCCCACAUCAUCAGCUUUCCUGGGAGUCAAGUAUGACAAAUACGGCAACCACCUUGAUCUCAGAGCCUUGGAGGUGGGAAGUAUAGCAGGUAGCCCCAUGUCAGCUGUCUCUGAUUCCUAUUACACUGAUGUUGAUCACCAUACACCUCGGAGCUAUAUGCUUCUGGAAGAUGCUGCAGAGCUGGCUAAGGGCUCCCCAGGUCUGUCUUCAUCUUACAGUCUGGCUGAGAGAGAGCUAGCUAAGGCAGAGAAGUUGCUGCGAAGGAGUGCUGCAGAUCUGGGUUCUACUGACUAUCUUGGAUCCACCUCCAGACUUCAUACAUUCGGAAAGACCCCUGAUGAAGAGGAUACAAUGGAGGAACCUUAUGAACUGAAACUCCUGAAGCAGCAGCUCAAGCAAGAGUUUAGGAGAAGUACAGGUGGGACAGAAAACUUAGAACAACUGACAGGUCUCUCCCAGCACUACUACACCCCAAGCACUGGCAUCUCUAGUUACUCCCAAAGACACUAUCCAAAGUCAGAAAAGUACAGCAUCAGUCGACUUACUCUAGAGAAGCAGGCAGCUAAACAACUUCCAGCAUCUAUGUUGUACCAAAAACAUAAGACUCCACUAUUAGAUCCCAAAAUCUCCUCAAAGUACUCCUCUAUUACAGACAGUAGAAGUCUGGAAACAGACUAUACCAGCUAUCUGGGGUCUACCAGUGCAUCCCCAAGAUCCAGCCGGCUUAUGCAGGAUGAGAUUACCUUUGGCCUUCGUAAGAAUAUUGCUGAGCAGCAAAAGUAUCUUGGGUCCACCUUGGGUGCCAACUUGGCUGGGUCACUAAAUUUGGGCCAAAGCUUGGGUUUGGACUCUGCUUAUCCUAGUGGUAGCCGCUCAAGACCCUCAUCCAGGCCCACAUCUUGCUAUGGCCUGGACUUGUCCAUCAAAAGGGAUCCUUCCAGCUCUUCAUUGAGGCUUAAAGGGGAUGGUGAAGCAUCUGGAGAUGGACCAAGCUAUCAAACCCCCUCCGGUCGCACCAAACCCACCAGCCUUCCUAUUGUGCAAAGUGGACGUGGCCGAAUACCUAUAGUGGCCCAGAACUCAGAGGAAGAGAGUCCCUUGAGCCCUGUUGGGCAGCCCAUGGGCAUGGCCCGUGCAUCAGCGGGACCUCUGCCACCCAUCUCAGCUGAUUCAAGGGACCAGUUCGGUUCCUGUCUGUCCUUGCAGGACUCCCAGCAGCAGCAACAUAUCAGGGAAGAGCCAACCAGGGGUAGGGGUUAUGUGCUUCUGGAUGACCUUCAGGGCACCAUGUCAGAUAGUGAAGCCCUAAGUGAUUCCCUGAUGGCUUUGAACAGAGACGAUGCAACCAAUGCCUACCAUCUUAGACGAGAAGAGACAGACUGGUUUGACAAACCAAGAGAUGGACGUUCAGAGAACGGACAAGAAAAGAGACAGGGAAAAGGCCCAUACUACCCCUUCCCUCACCUCAGGGUCAAACUGCAGAGGGAUCCCAAAGACCGCAGUGUCUCAGGAAAUGGUCUUGGUAUCCGUGUGGUUGGAGGGAAAGAGGUCCCUGGCAGUAAUGGAGACAUUGGAGCUUAUGUUGCCAAAGUCCUACCUGGUGGAGCUGCAGAACAAACAGGAAAGAUUCUUGAAGGAAUGCAAGUCCUGGAGUGGAAUGGAAUUCUUCUGACGGGAAAAACCUAUGAGGAAGUACAAGGGCUCGUCGGACAGCCGUGUAAUGAUGCAGAAGUGUGUGUCAGACUUGAUCUCAACAUGCUGGCUGAGUCGGACGGUUCCCAUCACCUGGAUUUCCAGGAACACAGCAAAGGUGACAGACCUCCCAGGUCUCCAGGUGUUGAUCCGAAGCAGCUGGCGGCUGAGCUGCAGAAAGUCUCACAGCAGCAGGCCCCCACCUCUUCCUCAGGCCUGCCCGCCACCACCUCAGCGACCUCCAGUCCCGCUCAGCCGGGUUCACCAUCCGUCAGCAAGAAACGCCACAGCAGCAAGACUGCAGAGGUAACGAAGACCCAGUCCCACCCCAUCUCUGGCGAGAUACAGCUUCAAAUCCACUACGACAAGCAGCUCGGCAACCUGAUCGUCCACGUCCUGCAAGCCAGAAACCUCGCCCCGCGGGACAACAACGGCUACUCGGACCCAUUUGUUAAAGUGUAUCUCCUACCAGGGAGAGGUCAGGUCAUGGUUGUCCAGAAUGCCAGUGCUGAAAACAAGAGGAGGUCCAAACACGCGGGCAAGAGUCUCAACCCCGAGUGGAACCAGACUGUCAUCUAUAAGAACAUCCACCUGGAGCAGCUGAGGAAGAAGACCCUGGAGGUGAGCGUGUGGGACUAUGACAAGUGCUCCUCUAAUGAUUUCUUAGGAGAGGUCCUUAUCGACCUGUCCAACACCACCCAGCUGGACAACGUCCCGCGGUGGCUCCCCCUGAAGGAGCAGAGUGAGGGUGACCACCACCGGCGUUCCCACUCGGGCCAGGGCCGACAUAGUUCUUCCAAACCCUCGUCGCAGCACUCCUCCCCGAAAACCACCGGCUCCUCGCACGAUAAUCAGGACUCGCCGAAAUCGUCCGUCAUCAAGAGCCGAAGCCACGGGAUCUUUCCAGAUCCAGCCAAGGGCCAAAGAGGCCACCUCUCACUGAGGCACCAGAGACACAGCGUAGUGGGCGUGCUCACCAUUCAGAGAGCCCAGUCCGAUUGGCUGCCCGCCCUGCCAUCGUUUGAGUCGGCCAAAGGGAGCAGAGGCGACGGCAGACACCUGACCCUCAGGAAAGCCGUGUCGGAAGAGAGGCCGCAGAGCACCGGAGCUCGGUCGAGCUACAGAUCCAGCGAUGCCCCGGUCACGGCGGCCUCGUUGGACAGCGGCCUGAGCGGCAGCGCCUACAGUCUGUUGGACGAGGAAGCGGAGACGAAUGAGGUGGACAGUGCCAUCUUCCAGGUGCCCCGAUUUGGAAAGAUCCCAAAUGGAACAGAUGUGAUGAAAUCAUCAAUGGGACUCAGUGAUGGUGACGGUAAAUCCCAGGUAAUGGGGGAAAUAAAGAUCGCUCUGAAGAAGGAGAUGAAGACUGAGGGUGAGCACCUGGUCCUUGAGAUUCUUCAGUGUCGUAACAUCACCUACAAGUUCAAGACUCCAGACCACCUGCCUGAUCUUUAUGUGAAGCUAUAUGUAGUAAACAUUGCCACCCAGAAAAGGAUAAUCAAGAAGAAGACCAGAGUGUGUCGCCAUGACCGAGAACCAUCUUUCAACGAAACCUUCCGCUUCUGUAUGAACCCCACCGGACACUCUCUACAGCUUUUCCUGGUAUCCAAUGGUGGCAAGUUUGUGAAGAAGACCCUGAUCGGGGAGGCCUACGUCUGGCUAGACAAAGUCGACCUUCGCAAGCGAGUGGUGAGCUGGCACAAGCUGCUCGCCAGCACCGCCCAGAUCCACUCAUAGAAGAAGACUUGAAAAAAUAAAAAAUAAAAAACUAAACCUGAGCAGGUACAAGGAGGUUUCCGACAUCUGGGGACGCUUAGGUCUAACAUCUGUAACACUGAUCCACUCUUGCAGGGUGGGAGGAAAGGGUGGUUUUUGGGUACGGGAUGGGACAAAAUAUCUCUUUCUUCGAUUUUUGUUUCAGGGCUUGAGUUUUGGAUGGUGAAAAAGAAGAGUUAUGGUGAUGAUUUCUGUCAUGCGGGAAGUUUGGAGGAAGAAUUAAUGUGUUUACAGGAAAUUAACACAUGUUUACAGGACAUAAUGUGUAUAGCAGUGUAGCUGGGGGCUGGGGGGCUGAGAAGAACACAAGUGCUGAGUUCGGAGGUCAAGUGCGGAAUCAACCAGGUAUUACACACUUUUAAUUCACAAACACACACACACACACACACGUGUACACAGUUAUUUAUGACAAGUUUACACAGUCACUCACACAGAAGAGAAAUUUUAAUUCUAAUAGAUACAGGGAAUGGACACACUUGUAGAUCAAAUUUUAUUUAUUUAGAUGUUUUAUCCAUGAAAGGUUUUUCCUCAUUUCUUUAUUAUGACCCACAGAGUUUUAUUGAUUUACAAAGCAUUUUGAGAAUGAAAUAUUGAAGACUCCCCUAUGGAGACCUCUUAUUUAUUUUUGUAUUAUGAUAUUAGCAUAGUGUUCUAUCAUUUGUCUUCUCCUCAAUUAUUUAAGUACUUAAAAAUCUGUCCUGGAAAGGAAGCAUAGUAUAUUUUAUAACACACUACCUAGCAUUCCAGUUCAAGAGGAAAAAAAAAAGAUCUCAGCAAGCAUGUUUUUGAAUUUCUUAACAAAAACAACUACUUGUUCCCAUCUUUUUUUCACCUUAAGUGUAAACUAAGUUCUAUCAAAUUAUUGUUUGAUAAAUGAUAAAUAUGAAUAUAUAUCAAAUUGGACACUAUAUAUUGUGCGCAUGAGUCUAUCUAUUUGGUAUGCAGUGCCACAUGUUCUGCACAAAAAAAAUCACCUCUAAGGUUCACCUUGUAUAUAGUGAAGUGUCAUAGCUGGAAAUGAAUUAUAACAUAUAUAGAUAGAUAUAUAGAUAUCUUUAUCACAGACAAUCGAGUCUUGAUGAUUGUGACAUAGAGGUUUUAUUUACCCAUGAUGCCCCUUAGAAUGUGAGACACCAACCGUUUGAGAUUUAAGCUUUUUUUGUUUCUUUGUGAGAUCCAAGCACAUUACGAGUCUUACACGAGUCCUGCUUUUCGUUCGCAAGGGCAGUCAACUCACCAACGCACGCUUUUUGUGGUAUUUUGCACUUUUUCCCGCUUAGAAUGUAAAACAAAGCUAAAGACAAGAUAGCAAGAUUUUUUUUUUUCAAUCAAGGUGAGGAGGUAGAGAAGCAAAUAAGAAUGGAUGACAACAUCAGGAGGUACUGUAGCGAACAAAAGACAAAUGUGCCGGAAACGAUCCACGAUAAAAACCACUAUCAUCACUCUGAGAUACGACAAUGCUAUAUUACAGUAGCAUGUUGAUGUUUUGUCCCAGCCUUUUUUGUCAAAUCUGUGUUGUCUUGAUAUUACCACUUUCACUUCAAACAGCAAUGUUGUGUCUUUAGAUAUAUAUAUUAUGCCCAUUUUGUCUCAAGAAGGGUCAUCCUGAGUGCUUGUAUGGGGGUCAAGGAGUGGCACAGCUGGUUCAUUCACCAUUUUCAGUCAAACUUAGCAGUGAAACUAAAUUCAAUAUCUGAGUGAUUUCUAUGCAACAUCUACUGUAUAAAGGUGGUAGCUGCAUCUUGACUUGCCAGACAUGUGACACUUUGUGAGAGAAGAAACAUUUGUAUCGAUUUUUCUUUUGCACUGCUGUGUUUUUAUGUCCUCCUCAAAAUGGUUACUGCUUUAAUAUGAUUUUUUUAAUUUAAUGUAUUAUUUUUUAUUGCUGUAUGAAUCUUUAUUUAUUGCCUGUGAGACUAUUUCAUAUGUUGUAUUAUAUUUGUUUACAGUACAUAUCAGGUGUACAUAUAAAAAAGUUGAGAAAUUUUGUUUUUAUACACAAUGUAGUGCUUGUUUACAAUGUUUAGAGGGCCUGAAACUCAGAGAACCAACUUUUUUGCCCUUGUGCACGAACACACACUCACAUACGGGAAUUAACAUGCAGAGAUCCUGAACUUCACGUAGUUAUGAGUCAAGAUGAGAAAAAAUUAACAUUCCUAUUCAAGUGACUCCCAUCUUUUUAUGCACUCCCCCUUUGAAUUGUUUCAUUUUCCAGUACAUGUAUGAGACAUGACCAAAAAAAAAAAAAGAACAUUGUAAUCAGUGAACGUUAUACCUAAAAACAAUAGUAGUUUUGAGGUCAGUGUGUGUUAUUUUCUUUCUCUUAUUUUUAUACCCAUGUGCUUGUGUGUGUAGCAUUUUCAUACCAAGUCCAUGCAUGUCACUGGCUCCAAUGCAUAUCCCUUCUUUUAAGUGUCGUCUGUCUAAAAAUAUCGACUUUAAAAUCUCUCGUUACACACACAGAAUCACAUACACACUCUGUUUCACACACACACACACAGACACACACAGAUGCCGUCUCUCUAUUUCCAACCUUGUAAAUACAUAGCUUUUUUAUACUGGGUUUUGGGGAGCAAUAGGUCUUUUAGCAGACAAAUAAAAAAGGCGUGCGAUCAUAGAAGUAACAGGAAGUUGUUUUUCUCUUGAUCAAUGUACAGUGGAUAGACUGGGAAACGACCUUACGUCUGUCUAUAGGGACCCAGACUAACCCGACCCUUUACACCAAACACUAAAAGGUUUACCAGAGUCUAACCACACAGAAGUCUUGUGGAAAUCUUAACAACUCAAGUAGUUGCAGGAGAAUUUAAAUGUGCUCACACUGGAUGUUGCAUGUUUCGUUGGUGGUUCAUACUAUUUUUGUGUCCAGAUAUUAUUAAAGAAAAAAAAGAAUGAGGUAGAGAAAGAUAUAGAACAAAAUGUUAUAGAGGAGGAAAAUUAUGAGGAAAACUUAUUGAAAUUAUCAAUGAUGUAUGCUGACUGUACAAAGAUUAUGCUUGUAAAACCUGUCUGGUUUUUCACUUGUAAGUAAACAGAAAAAAAUCUACUGUCAUGGUUUUGUGAUUGUAUACAGGAGGUAUUGAUAAAUUAUGCAAAUUGUGCUGUAAAAAUGGCUGUUGCCCCAUGUCUAAAUAUUAAAUAUGAGUACAAAUGA